GAAACACGACACCCCGACAGAGGAAGGGGGGCCAGUGGUGUGCGCGGGGCUAAGAGAACGGAGUAUGGAAAAGGAAAAGUCUGUUGCUAGUGAGAGAAAGGAGAAAAAACUGGCCUCAUUUUCUGGGUGAAAACUUUUUUCUUUGUGAUCAUGUUUUGACUGCUGUCUGGAAGGACGAUGAGGAAGAAUCUACCAUGCAACAUUGUAACACGGAUCAGCUUGCAAUUUAAGAUCGCAGUUCUAACACUAUCCUUAAGACAACCCCAAGUCUAUCGGCACGACGCUCUCAAACUUCUGGCAACGCCAUUCAGACUUAAGUAGUGCAUUUCCCCGAGGCCAGGGCAACUUUUGGCUUUAUUACCUCGUCGUCUAUAACACAUGAAAAAAGAAACGUAGAGUUCAAAAGUAUCUAAAAGGCAACAGAAGUUGUGGAAUUUGGGGGAUUUUUUGUUAAAAGUUUGCAUAUGACUUUAGGAAGUGCGAACUUAAUUAUCUUCAUCCCAAGAAAGAACAACGAAGUGGGUGUCAGCGAGCUAGCCAACUAGCCACCAACUAGCUAACACGGGCUAGUAAGCUAGCCAUCUGAAGAGCCGCACAACGGGAAAGUGUCCAGACUGCCCACUGAACAGAAUCACCAUGAAGACCUCGGGGGACACGGGGUUCGCCUUCCCUGACUGGGCCUACAAGCCCGAGUCGAGCCCCGGCUCCCGGCAGAUCCAGCUGUGGCACUUCAUCCUGGAGCUGCUGAGGAAGGAGGAGUACCACGACGUCAUCGCCUGGCAGGGCGACUAUGGAGAGUUUGUCAUCAAGGACCCCGACGAGGUGGCCCGUCUGUGGGGGGCACGCAAGUGCAAGCCCCAGAUGAACUACGACAAGCUGAGCCGGGCUCUGAGAUACUAUUACAACAAGAGGAUUCUCCAUAAGACUAAGGGGAAAAGGUUCACCUACAAGUUCAACUUCAACAAGCUGGUCCUGGUCAACUAUCCCUUUAUAGACAUGGGCUCUGGUCGGGGGGUCCCCCAGAGCGCCCCCCCCGUGCCGACAGGCAGCAGCCACUUCCGCUUCCCCCCGUCCACGCCGUCCGAGGUGCUGUCCCCCAGCGAGGAUCUGCGCAGCCCGGGCGUGUUCAGCAGCGUGGCGCGCCGCAUGGCCCGGGGCUCCGUGUCCGACUGCUCCGACGGCACCUCCACCAACUCGGAGCUGGAGGAGGGGCUGGGCGGGGGAGAGGAGCGCCCCGGGGGGGCCGAGAGGGCCUACAGGAACCUCCUCCACCCCCGCCUCCCUCACGACUCCCUCUUCAGGGUGUACGGGGGGAACCCCGGGGUACUGGGCCGCCACCCGCCCUCCCACCGGAUGCACCCGGACUCCCUCUCCCCGUUCCCCGUCUCCCCCCUGCCCGGCCCCGGGGGGCUCCUGGCCCCGCCCCUCUCCCCGGCCCUGUCCAUGACCCCUACCUCCCACCUGCCCUACUCCCCCUCCCCCUCCCUGUCCCCCAUGCUGGGCUCCCACUUCUCCUUCAACCCCGAGGACAUGAAGCGCUACCUGCAGGCCCACACCCAGAGCGUGUACAACUACCACCUCAGCCCCCGCGCCUUCCUGCACUACCCCAACAUCGUCAUCCCCCAGCCCCACCGCCCCUCUGUGGGCCCCGACAGCAAGGCCAGCCUCGCCCACCACGCCCACCAAGGCCCGGCCCACUCCCAUUCGCUGCACCAGCCUGCGGCGGGGGAGGAGCUACAGCACCCGUCUCCCUUCAAGUUCAAGCUGCAGCCGCCGCCCCCUGGGCGCAAGCAGCGAGACGGCUCCGCCCACUCGGACGGGGGCUCCACCUCCAGCUUAGGCUCCUCCUACCCCGGCUGUGGGAUGCUCUCUGGUUCCUCUGCGGGGCUUCCUAAGAUCAAGGUGGAGCCCAUAUCCGAUGAGUCCGAGGAAGAGGAGGUGGAGGUGACCGACAUCAGUGAGGAAGAGGAUGACGACGAAGGGGACGUCUUCACCACCCUUCAGCCGCAUGCCAACGGGACCGCCCCCCACAUCACCAAUGGCAACCCCGAGGAGGAACUAGACGAGGACGUGUUCAAGACCCCUGCUGCCCCCCUGCUGGUGGGAGGUCCCAUCCCCAGUCCAGGUCCCCUGGUUGGCCUGAAGAGUGAGCUGGUCCAGGGGCCUCCAGCCAGCCCCAGCGGGGCGCUCUGCAUCCCUCUCAAGCAGCGCUUCAAACGCCGCUGGAGCGAGGACCAGAAGAUGGAGGCCGACGGAGAGAGAGAGGAGGCGGAGGACAAGAAAGUACGGGCGGAGAGAGAGGAGGUGGCGGGCCGGGCGGAGAACGGGAGAAGGGAGACUCCUCCCCUGAGUCUCGGAGCCCCGCCCCCGCCGGCCCAGCGCCGAGCCAGCUCCGAGCUGCAGAGAGCCACAGCACAGCUGUCUCUGGAGAAUUCUGGCUGCUGAGGCCUGGGGGAGACACACACACUCAAAGACACUGACACACACACCUUUUGAGACAAACACAAGUUUUGUAUGCACACAUACACACACACACAUAGCCUUAGACUGUGUUGAAACACACACACAAAUCAUGCCUUUGUCAGUACUGAGCACAGGAUGCAGCAUUUUGCUGUGAACACAACACUAAGGAUGUGCAGAUGUAUGGACUGACAUCCACUCUUCAGGAGAGGCCCAGAACCCCCCCUCCCAACACACACACCAUCUCAUAUCUAACCCUGAGACCCACAAACACUCAUUACCCCCCCCAAUCCAUCAUCCCACCACACUGUCACAAGGUGCCUUUCUCCCUGUGCCAGUCUUGAGUCAAUACGGGAUCUCUGCCUCUACCCCCCACCCCCGCCCCACACACACAGGCAUACAAACAAAUACAUACACACACCUGCGAGGUGCCAGGUGUUACUGACAAACGCAAAAGAGAUUGCAGAAGAAGUGUGUGGGAUGUGUCCACAGUUCCGGACACCCCCCUCACAUGGAGCCGUGGAGCGGCUGGGCUCAGACCCUGCCUGCCCGCCGGGGAGCACCUCCUCCUCUCUCAGACCCUGCCUGCCAACUCAAGAGGAAGCGGACAGCAGUACCCGACUCCCGAACCCUUACCUUCCACAGGCCAGCCCGAGCUGCCUCAUGAGACAGACAGUAUAUAGUACUGUACACACUUGUGCAGUACAGCCCCCCUCUCACUAGUGAUGUUGUAAUCCCUCACUAGGGCUGUUGCAUAGAGAGAGGAGGGGGGGGGGGCUGGCGGUCUGUCCUCAAUCUGAUGGAUGGACAGACUUUAAAGGUUGUUUUUUCAGCUUUCCACGCCCCUAUUUUUCACUUUGCUCUCAAUAUUUUCUCCCAAGAGAGUGCCUUGUGGAAAAGGGAAAAUGGGACAGUAUUUCCAGAGGAUGCUAUGGGCAUUUUGUGGUGGAAAGAGGCUGAGCUCUGGUACAGAAGAUGUUGGAACUGAGACUAGUUGAGCUGAAACACUGACACAAGUUAAAUGUAUGACCCAGGGUGACCUCCAGCCCAGCUAACAAAGCCUUCAGAAGCCUUUCUGUGUUUGAAAUGAUUUUCCAUUUCUUCUGUGUUUUGGAGAAUUUUGGAGCCCGAAAUGAUCAAAGAGGAUGGAAUGAGAUUGUGCCUUUGUUUUGGACAUGUGACAUGAACCCCCUACACACACACACACACACACACAUAAUUGUGGUGGGCCCAGACCUCAUACACUGCCAUCUUGCCUUCUUUUUACAGAACAAGAAAAAAAUAUGAAACUGAAUCAACACAUACAUAGGCUACAUAUAAAUAUAUAUAUAUUUUAUUUGAAUAUAUAUUCAAUACAAAUCUUAUAUUUCACAAAGCUAUUGUUUGAUAUGAAAUGAGGAGAACUAUUUUUAAUGAUAGAUUUAUGAAGUUCUUAUGACAGCCUGGUCUACUCUCCUUACCUUCAUUUGUGAAGGUGGACACAGAAAAAGAUCCCUGUUUUUAGGUCAACUGAAUCAGAAAACUUCUAUUUUAUUGUAAGAACAAAUAUUUGUGUUCAGGGCAGGGAUGGAUAGAUGGAUGGAUGGAUGGAUGGAUGGAUGGAAGGGAGCAAGUUGAAUCAUGAACCAUGUGGUCCUGAGAUGUGGGUCCAAACUUGCAGGCUGGGAGGGUCUUUUUGACCACAAUGUUCUGGUCGUUGAGAAACAUGAACAUGAACCCCACAUCCUGGCCCUGCAGUGGUGGACCUGGACCAUGCUUCUUCGCACACCAAGAUCUUCAUCCACACUCCAGCACCCCAGCAUCUCCUGGCUGUACGUGUGUGUGUGUUUGACUGUCUGUCUGUAAUGGGCCUGGCACACCAAGUGAGGCUCCUGUUUGUUCUGGAGAGUAUGGAACGUGACGUCACGCCUGACGUCCCCCCACGCCAGCCGCUUCUCUGGCGUAGGAAUGUGUCACUGUAGAAACCACCUGUUGCCCACGCAGGAUGUGACAUCACAAAAACCCUGUGCGGAAAGGGACUUCCCACGACGGGGAGGAAAUUCGUCUGUGUGUGUAAACCACCAGCCUGAUCAAACACACUCAUGUUCUACAGUCUGCUGGGAGGGUUGGUGCUUAUGAUAUGGUCCGGCCAGCUUGUAUUUUAACAGUCUCCCUCAAUAUUUCUAUUGUUCUAAUAUUCUUUUUAUUUUUCAGAUUUAUUACCGUUGUUACAAUUAAUAUUAUGAUUAUCAUUAACAUAACUUUUCAUAUUUGAUUGUUUGUACCCCUUCCCUCAGGCCUCUCCCUUAUUCCAUUGCCUUAUUGAAUUUGGUGCAUCUUGAAGUAAUUGUUUGACGCGCUCUUCUCCAGACUUAUCGUCCAUCUUAACCAUUAGCUGUCUAGUCAUCCUCAUCGGCGCGGGUUGGUAUGUGUAGUUAUGGAAAUGUGGAAAUAAGGAAGGGUCAUAUUAUUAUUAUUGUUAUUAUAUCACAUUACCAUCAUAUUUUAAAUAUUCCCGUUUUUGAUAUUGUGUAUAUAUCUUUUUUUCCAUUUCCGGGGGACUUACUCAUUAAAAAAAAGACUUGUAUUUUGUUGGACCGGUGUAUUAUUUGAACAUUGUUUUCCACCUCGCUACCGUUUCCCCCGUCAUCCCAGCGGUUACUUAACACUGUUUAGAGAAAUUAGAUUGAGAUGACAUCACGAGGACACAUUCAUGCUUUUUGUUUCUCUUGUAUUUCUUCUAUUAUUUGUAAUUAAAUUGUAAUCAGGGUUAAUUAAAACAGGUUAAAUGGA